CGUUCUCGCCAGUCGUCGAACGUGAGAUCGCGCGAGCGAGAUAGCUUAUCGUCGAGCAUUAUUUUUUUUUCCGCUCGCGAUUAUCAAUUGACGCGAGCGAAGGAGGAGCGAGAGCGAAAGCGCUCGCGCGCGCGACGGCGGAGGGGUGUGCGAGAAAGCGCGCGCCCAUCGUCGAUUAACGUGGGAGACGCGAGCCUCGUCGCGGCUCCCGACAAACGGCCGCGAUUAACGUGAUUUAACGAAUUGAAGAUGGAAUAUAUCGUGACCAUCGUAACGGCGACGCGACAGCCCCUGUGACCGUUCGUGGCUCGUGGCACGUAUCUACGCGCGUCGUCGUCGUCGUUGCAAGUCCGAGUCGGAAACUCGGAAAUGAGAUUCAAUGACAGGGAGCUCGCGGAGGCGAGUUCCGGACCCGCGGACCUGGAGGGACGUCUAAAUCACAAACGGGCCCAUAAGUCAGUGUUCAAAGAAAAAUGGUUCAAGCUGCGGUACAAUCUACUAUUUUACUUCAACAUCAAUGACUUGGGGCAGAUUGAUAGCAGGCAACCUGAGGGAGUCAUUGUUCUGGAGAACUACAACAUCAAUAUAGACAAUUCAUCCGAGGGGGUAUUUGCGUUCAGCAUCUCGUUCCGCAACGAGCUGGAGAAGCGGCACGUUCUGAGCGGUCGGUCAGAGUCUCAAGUGGAGCAGUGGAUGAACGCGCUUAAGCAAGCGAGCUACGGAUACUGGAGAGCCCGCCUGAUCACGCUUCAGGAAAGAUUGUGCAAAAAGACGGGGAAGGAUCCGUUGCUCAUGUAUCCCAGGAAUCAGGGUGUAGUGCGAGACGAAGCGUGGGAACCUGCCACCAGCUUCCGAUCUCAUGUACGCUCGUUCACAACGUCGGUCGCGCCUACAUUGAAUACAAUAACAAGGGACGUUAAUCUCAUAGAUCUUUAAUAUAAAGAAGAAUAUUUUUAAACUUAAUUUUAAAAAAGUUGCCUCAAAAAAUGUAUAUCUUGAUGAAAUGCAUAUAUAUGUAAUCGAUGGAAGAGAGUUUUGUGUAAACUGCCAUGAGCACAAGCGAGUUUUAGGACGCAAGUCCAAUAAUGUAUGAGCUUUAAUUUAUAUUUAUAUCUUAUAAUAAUGUAAAAUAAUAUACAUAAAACCUAUAUUACACAUAAGGCAGAAUGAAAAUAUUGUAAGUUGCUUUAGAACAAGAGAAAUAUUAUAUAGUUAGACGAAGUGAUUUACUUCAGAUAAUAAUUUCGUGAUAUAAUAUUAAAAAGUUUGUAAAAUGCAGAAAAAAUUGAAAACUGAUCUUAUGAAAGAGUUUUUGUAUAAUGUAACAAACAAUAUUACAACAGGAAAGAACUAAAUUACAUAAAGUAAUGAUAACAGCAAAGUAUUACGGAUGUAAAAUAUAUGCAACGACAAUAUGAAUAACUAUAUUUAUAUAAUAUUGUAAAGCAAAUGAUAAGUGUUAUAUGAAUGUACUAAUGUAUACAUUAUUUUAAUGACUAUAUGUUGAAAAUAGAUGAUAAUACAUUAGGUACAAUUCGUAUUAUAAGAAAAAUUUUGUGAUUUCUUAUUUAUUAAUUAUUUGUUUUUUUUUACUAUCUCUGUAUGAAUUCGACGAAGUAUUCAUUCGUUAAAAAAAGAUACUCAAUUUUCUAUUCAAUGUCUAACUAAAUUUAUGUUAAUAAUAAAUUAAUUGGAAAUUAAUUUAGAAGAAAUAAACGUAUUUUUAUAA